ACUUGAAGCGCACGUAUAUUCUAAGUUAGUUGGUCAUUUGGUCCACAGCUUUCGGAAAAAUUUCAAGAGCAAUGCUAUUAUCGGUGUCUAAAAUCACAACUCGAGAUGGACAGCGAUUGAUGCGCUACGUUCCGAUGAGAUGUCUCUCCACCGCAACGAAAGCUACUCCUGUUCCAACUGAGAAAUCGCCUCAACCCAAACAGAACCAAUCAUUCAUGAUCAACUUAUUCAGCGGUCAGCUACAGACUGGACAGCUUUUCCCAUACCCAGAUGUGCUGAAUACGGAUCAAAAAGAAUAUGCGCGGGCCAUUAUUGGGCCAGUUAGUCGAUUUUUCGAUGAAGUCAACGACCGCAUUCGAAAUGAUGAAACAUCCAACUUGGAUAAACAAACCAUGGACGCCAUUUGGGAUCUCGGUAUCAUGGGAAAUCCGAUUCCGGCAGAAUAUGGUGGACUAGGAAUUCCGAAUGUUACUGCUUCCCGCCUGGCUGACAUUAGUGGAGGAAGCGAUUUGGCACUAACUAUAGCAAUAGGUGCCCAUCAGUCGAUUGGUACUAAGGGAAUUCUUCUGUAUGGAACUGAUCAACAGAAGGAAAAAUAUCUUCCACAACUUGCUACAGGAGGUGUUGUAGGAGCAUUCGCCCUUACGGAACCGUCGGUCGGUUCGGACGCAGCGUCGGUUAAAACCAAAGCAGUUCUAAGCCCAUGUGGAAAAUAUUACAUUCUGAAUGGAUCCAAACUGUGGUGUUCCGGUGGAGGAAUCGCAGGCAUAUUCACGACGUUUGCCCAAACUGAGGUGACGGAUCCGAAAACAGGUGAAAGAAAGGAUAAAAUGACGGCGUUUAUUGUGGAGCGGGGAUAUCAUGGAGUGUCCACCGGACCACCGGAGAAGAAAAUGGGCCUGAAGUGUUCCAUCACAACGGAUGUGUACUUCGAUGAUGUCAAGGUUCCAGUAGCGAAUGUACUUGGAGAGGUGGGUAACGGAUUCAAGGUAGCGGUGAAUAUUUUGAACGCCGGCAGGUAUGGUUUGUGCGCGAUGUUGACGGGAACUAUGCGUGCCUGUAUUGAAAAGGCCGCGGAGCAUGUUACGACCCGUGUGCAGUUCAAGCGGAAACUCCACGAGUUCGAAAACGUCCAGGAAAAACUAGCCAAAAUGGCAAUGCAUCACUAUGUGGCACAGACUCUUACCUACAUGCUGGCGGGGAAUAUGGACCUAGGAUCACAGGAUUAUCACCUGGAAGCUGCCAUUACCAAGGUGUUCGGAACCGAAGCCGGUUGGUUCGUUUGCGAUGAGGCUAUACAGUUGCUGGGUGGAAACGGUUAUAUGCAAGCUCCAGGGUUGGAACAGUUCAUGCGAGAUAUGCGGGUAUUUCGAAUAUUCGAAGGUGCCAACGACGUACUCAGGAUGUUCAUUGCAUUGACCGGCAUCCAAAGUGCCGGAAAACAGUUGAACCAACUCCAGAAGGCACUCAAAAACCCACUGGAGAAUUUGGGAGCGAUUUGGCAGGAGGGCACCAAACGAGUUACUCGGACCAUUGGCGCCAGCAAGACUGACCUAGGAGUGUUUGUUGCUGAACCACUGAAGGAAUCUGCGAAACUGUGUAGUCAGAGCAUCGAUAUUUUCAAUCACACCGUAGAAUCGGUGUUGGUUAAACACGGGAAAGGCAUUGUGGAGCGGCAGUUCAUCCUGGCUCGCAUUGCCGACUGCGCAAUCGACAUCUACACGAUGGCCUGUGUACUUUCUCGAGCGACUCGAACCAUCCAUAAGGAACUACCAUCCGCGGAGCACGAGAUCCUGAUGACACAGGCUUGGUGUAUUGAGGCCAACAAUCGAGUACAGCAAAACGUGGAGCGCAUACACUCGAAAAAGAUUCAAGAUAACUACAGGAGGAUGUCACUGAUAGCUAGAAAUAUCAGCACUCACCAGGGUCCGGCACACACUAAUCCUUUAGAAAUAGAUUAGAAUAUGAAUGAAUGGAAUCAGGCGGAAUAAGUGGACAGAUUUGUUUGUGGUGUGAUAUAUUUACAAAGAGAA